UCCGCCGACACGCCCAUACAGGACGGCCGCAUGCGGCGCGUGCACGCAGCCUUCGCGCGCGACGACGACGACUCCCCGCCCUCCUACAAGGAGAAGGGCGGGCGGCGGCCGAGCGCCGGCAAGGACGCGGAUAAAAGCAAAAAGGGCGAAGGCACAGAGGAGAAGGAGAAGGAGAACAAGUGCGCGGAGGAGAAGCGCAAACACAUCAAGAGCCUCAUCGACAAGAUCCCCACGCAGAAGGAGCAGCUCUUCCAGUACAAGCUCGACACCGCGCAGAUCGACAACGUGCUGAUGGAGAAGAAGAUCCGUCCCUGGAUCAACAAGAAGAUCAUAGAGUACAUCGGCGAGCCCGAGCCCACGCUCGUGGACUUCAUCUGCAGCAAGGUGCUGGGUGGAGACCAGGCGGGGUCGUUAGUAAACCUCUUCGUCAAACUAACAAGCGCCGCCGACGUGCGCUCCCUCAGUGCGGCAGAGUGGGCGCUUGUUAAACCAAUCGACUGA